UUUUAUAUUAACCUGGUCUACGGUGUACUCGUUGUAUUGGAAGACGGAAGCAAAGAUGGAUGGUGUCGAUGCCUCAGAGUCCCAGUGGUUGGUCCAGCUGGCCGCGAUGCGCGAGGCCAUUGCAGAUUUGAAGCUUCCCAAGGACCCCGCCCCAGAGCAGCUUACUUAUGGCAGCGAUCUGGAGUUGGACCUGGAUGACGACUAUUCGUCCCCCGGAACGGUCGAUGAUAUCUGGGAUGUGAUCAGUUCCGACGACGAGACCAGCGAUGACCUUGACGAUAUCAACGGUGUACCUCUCCCCUUCACGACGGGCUAUGAUCAGUUUUGGUUGGAAGAGAAAUGCUAUGGUUUAGCUGCACGACAAGCCCUUGAUCCGGCGGAUAUUGCGCAGCAAAUCACUGCAGUACUUGCGUCGGACAGCGGCGAUGAUGAGCUACAAAUGUCCUUGGCUGAGGUAGUCGGAUUUGAUGACCUGGAAUUGGUCAUAGAGUUGAUCGCCCACCGGGGAGAGAUUCUAGCAAGUAAAGAUAAGGGACUUCAGGCUCAGACGGAUGGGUUGGCAGCAGGAAAACUCCAAACCAAGGCAGAGCGAGAGCAGGCUCUACGGCAACAGGACUACGAGCAUAAGAACGCCGCCUUACAACCGGCCCAGACGAGAUCGGAACCGAAAUAUCCCCACGUUUUUAAGCAGCACGACUCGCGAAAUACCCUGGCUUUCGGAGGAAAGAGGUACGGGCUGCCGCUGGGAAGCGAGCAAUCCGAGGAGAAAAAUUAUACCGAAAUCAGCGUGCCGGCGUCUAAAGUAGGCACAUUGGGAGUCAACCAGAAGCUUGUGCAGAUUACAAGCUUGGAUGGACUAUGCCAGGGUACCUUCAAAGGAUAUAAGACCCUGAAUCGGAUGCAAAGCUUGCUUUACGAUGUAGCCUACAAAACGAAUGAGAACAUGCUCAUCUGCGCUCCCACCGGUGCAGGUAAAACUGAUGCCGCCAUGUUGACCAUCUUGAGCGCGAUUGGCAAAAAUACAGUCCCUAACCCAGCCGAGGAACCAACUGCGACUGAAUUCACUGUCCAGGUGGAUGAUUUCAAGAUCGUCUAUGUCGCACCGAUGAAGGCGCUGGCGGCUGAAGUCACGGAAAAACUUGGCAAACGACUUGCCUGGCUGGGAGUCAAGGCCCGUGAACUUACUGGAGAUAUGCAGUUAUCGAAACGGGAGAUCAUGGAGACCCAAAUUAUUGUGACAACCCCUGAAAAAUGGGACGUUGUGACACGGAAGAGCACGGGAGAUACUGAGCUGGUCCAAAAGGUGCGACUGUUGAUUAUCGAUGAAGUUCACAUGCUUCAUGAUGAACGUGGUGCAGUUAUAGAGUCAUUGGUAGCUCGGACCCAGAGACAAGUUGAAAGUACACAGUCUCUUAUCCGUAUAGUUGGUCUAUCCGCCACUUUACCAAACUAUAUUGAUGUCGCCGAUUUCCUUAAAGUCAAUAAAAUGGCCGGUCUCUUCUAUUUCGACCAGUCGUUCCGACCCGUGCCUCUCGAGCAGCAUUUCCUUGGUGUGAAAGGCAAACCGGGUUCCAAGCAAUCGCGCGAGAACUUGGAUGUGGUCUCUUUUGAAAAGGUGCGCGCCAUGCUGGAACAAGGGCAUCAAGUCAUGGUUUUCGUGCAUUCUAGAAAAGAUACAGUUUUGACCGCUCGCAUGUUGCGGCAAUUGGCCAUUGAAGAUGGUUGCGAGCAUCUUUUCAGCUGUCAGGAACACGAAGACUAUUCAACAGCCCUCAGGGACAUGAAGCAUGCUCGUGCGAAGGAACUGAGGGACCUCUUUGCCAGUGGCUUUGGUGCUCAUCAUGCAGGAAUGAGUCGGAGCGACCGUAACCUGAUGGAACGCUUGUUUGGCGAAGGUCUGAUCAAGGUCCUCUGCUGUACGGCCACCCUUGCUUGGGGUGUCAACCUUCCGGCUGCCGCUGUGAUCAUCAAAGGAACGCAGUUGUAUAACCCGCAAGAGGGUAAAUUCGUUGAUCUCGGAAUCCUCGAUGUCAUGCAGAUCUUUGGUCGUGCUGGUCGUCCGCAAUUCCAAGACACGGGUAUUGGUUUCAUCUGUACGACGCAUGAUAAGUUGAACCAUUAUCUCUCGGCCGUUACCUCGCAGCAACCCAUCGAGUCUCGUUUCUCUAGCAGGCUUGUUGACAAUCUGAACGCCGAGAUCUCGCUUGGUACCGUCACUUCCGUUGCUGAAGCAGUUCAGUGGCUGGGAUACUCCUACCUGUUUGUACGCAUGAAACGUGAGCCUCGCAACUAUGGUAUCGAAUAUGAGGAGUUGCUGGACGAUCCUAUGUUGGUUCAAAGGCGCCGCCAGUUGAUUAUUCAAGCUGCGCAGGUUCUUCAGAGGAGCCAGAUGAUUAUUUUCAACGAGAAGACCGAGGAACUUCGAGCGAAAGAUGUCGGGCGUAUUGCAAGCCAGUACUACGUUCUGCAACCUAGUAUCGAGAUUUUCAAUGAGCUUAUGCGCGCCCAAGCAGGUGAAGCCGAUGUGUUGAGGAUGAUCAGUAUGAGCGGUGAAUUCGACAACAUUCAAUCUAGAGACAGCGAGGCGAAGGAGCUUAUCAAAUUGCGCGAUGAGUCAAUUGCGACGGAGGUCGCAGAGGGAGUCGACACCCCUCAGGCUAAGACCAACAUCUUGCUCCAGUCUUAUAUCUCCCGCGCACGAAUUGAAGACUUUGCGUUGGUGUCUGACACUGGCUAUGUGGCACAGAAUGCGGCCCGUAUUUGUCGUGCUCUCUUCAUGAUCGCGUUGAAUCGUCGUUGGGGUUAUCAGUGCCAGGUACUGUUGUCCUUGUGCAAGUCUAUUGAGAAACAGGUCUGGCCUUUCGAUCACCCGUUCCAUCAAUUCGACCUGCCCCAGCCAAUUCUUAAGAAUUUGGAUGAGAGGCUGCCUUCUUCGUCCCUCGAGUCGAUGAGGGAGAUGGAAACUGCGGAAUUGGGACAACUUGUUCACAAUCACCGUAUGGGGAAGACUCUGUCCAAACUUAUUGACAACUUCCCGACUCUUAGUGUCGAGGCCGAAAUUGCGCCCUUGAACCGGGAUGUGUUGCGCAUUCGCUUAUUCGUUUACCCUGAGUUCAUGUGGAAUGAUAGACACCACGGUGCUUCCGAAUCUUACUGGAUUUGGGUAGAGAACUCGGAGACAUCGGAGAUCUAUCAUCAUGAGUACUUCAUCCUUAGCCGGAAGAAGUUGCACGACGACCACGAGCUUAACUUUACCAUUCCUUUGUCGGAUCCAUUGCCGAGUCAGAUUUACGUUCGUGCUAUUUCAGACCGAUGGUUGGGCGCAGAGACCGUGUCGCCAAUCUCGUUUCAGCAUCUGAUCCGUCCAGACACGGAGAGCGUGUAUACGGAUCUUCUUAACCUCCAGCCACUGCCAGUAUCGGCUCUAAAGAACACGAUUCUCGAGGAGCUCUAUGGACAGCGUUUCCAAUAUUUCAAUCCCAUGCAAACCCAGAUCUUCCACGUUCUUUACCACACAGCGGCCAACGUCCUUCUCGGAUCACCCACCGGUAGUGGAAAGACCAUUGCCGCAGAACUGGCCAUGUGGUGGGCAUUUAGGGAAAAGCCGGGAUCAAAGGUUGUUUACAUUGCACCGAUGAAGGCACUCGUCCGCGAACGUGUUCAGGACUGGAGGGGUCGUCUCACAGGACCUAUGGGAUUGAAACUGGUCGAGUUAACCGGUGACAACACUCCUGAUACACGAACGAUCAGAGAUGCUGAUAUCAUUAUCACGACUCCUGAAAAGUGGGACGGUAUCUCUCGUAGCUGGCAGACAAGAGAUUAUGUCCGGAAAGUCAGUCUCGUGAUUAUUGAUGAGAUUCACUUGCUGGGUGGUGAUCGAGGUCCGAUUCUGGAGAUCAUUGUGUCUCGUAUGAACUACAUUGCUUCGCAAUCGAAGGGUUCCGUUCGCCUCAUGGGUAUGUCGACUGCCUGCGCUAAUGCGAGCGACUUGGGGAAUUGGUUGGGAGUCAAGGAAGGACUUUUCAACUUCAGACAUUCUGUUCGACCUGUGCCACUCGAAAUCUUCAUCGACGGUUUCCCUCACCAGCGAGGGUUCUGCCCGUUGAUGCAGUCGAUGAAUCGACCCACCUUCCUUGCGAUCAAGAAUCACUCACCCGAAAAGCCGGUCAUCGUUUUCGUUGCAUCUCGGAGACAGACACGGUUGACCGCGAAAGAUCUGAUCAACUAUGUUGGAAUGGAAGACGAUCCGCGUCGUUGGGUCCGUAUGUCCGAGGAUGAUCUUGAGUUGAAUCUCGCCAGAGUUAAGGAUGAUAUUCUCCGGGAGGCGCUGAGCUUCGGUAUCGGCCUGCACCAUGCCGGUCUGGUGGAAUCUGACCGUCAGCUUUCUGAGGAACUAUUCGCAAACAACAAGAUUCAAGUUCUCGUGGCAACUAGUACACUUGCAUGGGGUGUCAACCUUCCCGCUCAUCUUGUCGUGGUCAAGGGAACGCAGUAUUUCGACGCGAAGAUCGAAGGGUACAAGGACAUGGACUUGACAGAUGUCCUGCAGAUGCUUGGUCGUGCGGGACGUCCGCAGUUCGACUCGUCUGGUAUUGCUCGCAUUUUCACGCAGGACUCGAAGAAGGCGUUCUACAAGCACUUCCUGCAUACUGGAUUCCCCGUCGAGUCUACUCUGCACAAGGUGUUAGAUAACCACUUGGGAGCCGAAGUUUCUGCUGGAACCAUCACGACGAAGCAAGAUGCUCUUGACUACCUGACUUGGACGUUCUUCUUCCGUCGACUGCACAAGAACCCGUCAUACUACGGUCUCGAGCUCUCCGCGGAAGAACACAACACUAUGGCCGCCCAGGCUAUAGCGCAAGAUUUCAUGAUCGAACUGGUUGACAAGUCUCUUGGCGAUCUGGCAGAGUCAUCAUGUGUGGUCUUCGACUCCAACACAGGUGAAGUCGACGCUACUCCAUUCGGCAAGAUCAUGAGUUACUACUACCUGUCUCACAAGACCGUUCGAUACCUCAUGACACACGCGAAGCCCAACCCCACAUUCCAGGACGUGUUGAGUUGGAUGUGCUCAGCGACCGAAUUCGAUGAGCUGCCCGUCCGACAUAACGAGGACCUAAUCAACGCAGAACUAGCCCGCAAUCUGCCCCUGACCGUCGAGUCGAUGGGUGACCUUCCCAUGUGGGAUCCCCACGUCAAGGCCUUCCUGCUGCUCCAGGCAUACAUGUCCAGGAUCGACCUCCCGAUUUCCGAUUACGUCGGUGACCAGACCUCUGUCCUGGACCAGGGUAUCCGUAUCAUUCAAGCCUCCAUCGACACGAUGGCGGAACUGGGCUACCUUCCCGCAUGCCGGAUGCUAGUUACUCUGCUGCAGUGCAUCAAGUCAGCCCGCUGGCCCGAGGACAACCCGCUCUCGAUUCUUCCGGGCAUCGACGUCGGCGAGAAACCUCACCGUGCCAUUCCGAAGUCCCUUGUUGCUCUCUCUUCCCUCCCCGCGGGUGCUGUCAGCUCGUUGAUCAAGGAGGCAAGACUCCCAGGCGCACAGUUCAACAAGGCUGGAUCAUUCUUGCCGCAACUCUCGCUAUCUAUCUCGAGGGUGUCGUCGACUGGUAUCACUGUCUCCCUGAACCGCCGCAAACGCCACCCAGACUCUGACUUUAGAAUCUACGCCCCCAAAUUCCCCAAGCCUCAAACAGAAGGUUACUUCCUCAUCGUCUCCACCGCUACACCAAACGGUAAAGACGGCGAACUCCUCGCCUUGAAGCGUGUAUCGUGGCCUCCCCAGAAUGGAUACGGCUCUAGAUCUGGAAAUGCCCAGGGCAGCAGCAAGAAUAACAACGACAACCGCAACAAGAACAACAAUGGACCUUUCGUGCGCUCGUCUGUCAAGUUCCCCGAACAGUUGUUGGAGGAGUACAUGGCUUCUGGGAAGGGAGUUAAUGUGAGGGUUAUUAGUGAUUCGUAUUUGGGGAUGGAGUGGAGUCUUGAGAAUGUGGAGGUUAAGUUGGAUUCGGGGAAGGGGAAGCAGGUUGUUGAGGAGCCGAGUGUUCCUGAGAAGGCUUGAUAGUUAAGGUCAUAGAUUUAUGUAUUGAUUCGAUGCGGUAGAGUGCAGAAAUAUAUCUGUGGUUUUGCUUUGUGA